AUGGCGAUUCCAUCAUCGGCCUCAAUAGAGAAGCUGCCUGCUGAGCUUUUACUUCUCAUAACGAAUGAAUUGUCGAACCGUGAACUUAAGAAUUUACGAUUGACAAGCCGUUUUUUCAGCACGGUGUCUUUGCGCAUCCAUCGAGUUUUCCUCUCCCCAAACCCGCGCAAUGUCGACGUCUUCCUCGCCAUCGCGAAUCAUGACGCUUAUCGGUCAAAAGUUGUCGAGAUCAUCUACGAUGACGCACGUCUGCCGCGAUCCGCAGCUGAAGCUGGAAGUGCUUCAGACCCAGGAUACUACCAUGGUUGGGACCUUCCCACGGCCGAAGAGGACAAUUUGACAUGGUUCGCGAAGUGCUGCGAGGAAAACAUCUUCACGCUUAAUGGCCGCAGGGGUCAAGAUGUAGCUCGGCCGGAUCAUACUGCAAGACUGCGCCAAUGUGAUGCAGAGAUGCCGCUCAUCGAGUUAUGGUCCUAUUAUCAGCAACUUGUACGCCAACAAGACGAGAUACUGCAAUCGGGAGCCGACAUAGCUGCUUUGGCCUAUGCUUUAUCGCGCUUUCCUUCAUUACGCAGAGUAACAAUCACACCGGCGGCGCACGGAUUUCUUUUCAAUCCACUUUAUGCGGCACCGAUGAUACGGGAGUUCCCUGUCGGCUUCAACUACCCCAUCCCGCGUGGAUGGCCCACGCCGGAAUAUACCGAAGCAUCCGAGGUUGAGGCUCUACCCUGGGUUGAAGCUGGCCCCAGCAGUGGCUUUGACUUUGCUAAAGAGAGAGCAAAGUGGCGCGGUUUCUCGGAAGUCACUCGUGUUCUCUCAGAGCAGCAGCAAAGUCACAAUGUAGUCGAGCUCAUCGUCGAUGCACAUACGGUACCCACCGGGUUGAACUGCCGUGUUUUCGAGCAAUGGUGUGAAGACUACAGUCAUUUGGUCUCCAUUAUUCGUCGAAGAGCUUGA